AUGGGCCAGGCCGUGCUGCACAAUCCUGCCCACCCUCACUGCACCCUCACCAGGAAGACUGUGACACUGGCCCCUUUGUACAGGGGGAAAGUUAUGGCUCAGAGAGGUGAAAUAACUUGCUUAAGACUACAUGGGCCAGGUGCUAUGCCUCAGACAUAUAAUUGCAAAGUAACUAAACAGGAGAGUCUAUUCACCAAGACGGGGAUGACGCAGGAGCUGAAGAACGAACUCAGGGAGGUGAGGGAAGAACUCAAAGAAAAAAUGGAGGAGAUUAAACAGAUUAAGGAUAUAAUGGACAAGGAUUUUGAUAAACUUCAAGAAUUUGUCGAAAUUAUGAAGGAAAUGCAAAAGGAUAUGGAUGAAAAGAUGGAUGUCUUAAUAAAUAUACAGAAAAACAACAAGCUAACCCUCCAAAGAAGAGCCAAAGAACACCAGGAACUCGGGAUGACAGGAAUCAUUGAUGUAGACUCUCAGCACAGGCACAGGAAGAUGGAAGAAAGAGCCCCAAUGACUCUUCGCAAGAUGAUGGCAUCCCCAAAACCCAAAAAGGACCCACUGGAUUCACCCCAUCAGUGCAAGAGCUGCUGUGAGAAAUGUUUGUUGUGUGCUCUAAAGACCAACUACAAUCAGGGCAAGAACCUUUCACACCCCGUCUGGGCGCCCUUUUCACCCUUGGCAUCUGGAGCUGCCUUCUGA